GUCACGUGCUGGAGGCAGCUCAGUCCAAAAGAAAAUGGGGUUUGGUGUAAAUCUGGGGGUGUAAUGUUAUCAUAUAUCACGCUACCUCGUAAAACCGACACUGAAGCCUGCCGGACAACAAAUCACAGGUCAAAAUUAUGAGCUCUUCGUAUUAUGUGAAUGCGCUUUUUAGCAAAUAUACGGCGGGGGCUUCUCUUUUCCAAAAUGCUGAGCCUACUUCUUGCUCCUUUGCAAGCAACUCCCAGAGAAGCGGCUAUGGACCAGGCGCGGGUGCCUUCGCCUCCUCCAUGCCCGGCUUGUACAAUGUGAACAGUACCAUAUAUCAAAGCCCGUUCUCUUCCGGAUACAGCCUGGGCUCUGAUGCCUACAACCUGCAUUGUUCCUCUUUUGAUCAGAACAUUCCCGUCCUCUGCAAUGACCACAAACCCAGCUGUGAGAAAGCGGAGGAAAGCAACCUGCACAACCAGGCUGAGGCUAAUUUCCGGAUAUACCCCUGGAUGAGGUCUUCAGGUCCCGAUAGGAAGCGAGGGCGCCAGACCUACACCCGCUACCAGACCCUGGAGCUGGAGAAGGAAUUCCACUUCAAUCGCUAUCUGACUCGGCGGCGGCGGAUAGAGAUCGCCCAUGCCCUCUGCCUGACGGAGCGGCAGAUCAAGAUCUGGUUCCAGAACCGGCGGAUGAAGUGGAAGAAGGAGCACAAGGAGGAGAGCUCCAGCACUCCGGCUCCCAACGAGCCCACGUCAGCAGCAGCGUCUGUGGAGAAAGUGGAAGAAGAUGAAGAAGAGGAGGAUUAGGGAGUCCCAUUCGAGGAAGCAAUCUCUUAGAAUAACGUACACACGUGACAGCUGUAAAAGCUCCCUUUAAAGAGAGAAAGGAAAAAAAAGAGACACUCACUGUUUUUAUUAAAAAAGAAAAGAAAAAAAAAAAAGUUAA